UGAGUCGUUUUUAACCCAUUUUGAUUUAACCAUGAAAUUAAUAUUUCUGACAGUUUAAGAAACACGGGGCUAAUAAGGGACUUUUAUUUUGAAAAAUCGGUACCGGAAGUUACUCGAGCUCAUUUGACUAUCGUUGCUCACUGAAAGCUGCUAGUUGUCGGGUGCUGGCCAGACAGAAACAAACAAACAGCGUGAUGGACAACCCAAGAGGCAACACGCAUUUCUGGACAGAUGAACAGACGCGAUUAAUGCUCAAUCAACUGAAGGAGAUGAACAUCCUAAAGUUCAUGGAUGGGAGGAAGACCAGAAAUGGCGAAUUAUUUAAAAAAGUGGCACUGAAGAUGGUGGAAGCCGGCUUUCCCAGGACCCAUGAACAGGUCAGGAUUCGCUGGAAGAAUCUGAAGAAGGCGUACUUCCAGGCUAAACGGGACAAUGGAACAAGUGGCCGUGGUUUCCCGUUCUACGAUGUCCUUGAUGAACUUCUUGGGAGCCGACCUCUGUCCCUAGUCGAGCACAACGGCGUAGAUUCGGGUGUUCAGUUGCCAACUACCAUGGAUACUACAAUGGACCCGGAAGAGACCGAGACCACGCUACUCGGAGCCUCACCUGGAGCCUCGCCUGGAUCCUCCUCAGUUAGGUCGACUCCAGCUUGCACUCCACUGCCUUCAAGUGCUCCACUGUCUACUGCAAUUACAGCCGAUCUACCUGGGACAAGGACCCAGCAGUCAAGGCGAACGAGAGACAUUGAUGUGCUUCUGAACCAGAUGCAAGUCAUGAAUCAAGAGUGGAAGGAGCACAUGAAAAGAAGUGAGGCCCGGGAGGAGCGGUUGAUCGCCAGCAUCCUCCAGAGAACUGACCGUAUGGUUGAGAAGCUGAUGCAGAGAAUGGAUAACAUUCAACCUCAACCAAACACAUUCUCACCACCACAACAUCAUCAUCAUCAUCAACCACCGCCAUCACCGGCAGAGUGCAACAACAUAUUGUUGGCAGCAGAGGAGUCAGUGGAACGGUCAUGUGAAGGCAUCGACAUAGAUAUGGAGGAGGAACCGAAGUCAAAGAGGAAAAGGAAUGGCAGUGACGAUGAGUGGGCUCCAAGUAUUGAAGGAUUCAUGCAGACGUCUGACAAGGAGUCUGGUUCAGAGGAGGAGGAGGAGGAGGACCGUCCUUUCAUGAUGGCGUGGUGCCGUGACUGUGGGGAGGAGUCCAGCACCUGCUGUUCCGAGCAGGACCACCGUCAGCUCUACUGCUGUGUUCAGUGCGGCUACAGGGAAGACCACCAAGGUCCUGCCUGCACAGAUGGCCAAGAAACCCAAAACAUGGACAAUCCCAAAGCCCCCACUGCUAGUUAUGAUGUUAGUGAGUUGAGCAGCAGCAAAGAACAGGGUUCUGUGAACAGCAGCGCCCAAGGAGUCACCACAACUGAAGGCCAAGAAGACACCAGCAGCAGUGACCAGGACAGUAACACUACUUCCCAACUGGAGUCCUCCAACAGCUGCCACCAAGAGGAAACAGUCUCCAAGGAGACGCAUAACAUUCCAAUGUUUGCCAUCUAUUUCAGCGACCUGUACAGUCUACAGAGUCAUGUGGAGCAGUCCCAUGGUUUUAAACGCGAGCUCUGCCCAGACUGUGGGAAAUUUCUCAUCGGACUGGACAGCAGGUGUUCGCACGUCUGCGAUCACAAAAUCAAGCCGUUCUCCUGUCUCACCUGCGGCAGGUGCUUCACCAGUCCAUCAGGGCUGCACCUGCACUCUCAGGUGCACACCGAGGGCCAUGCGCUGCCCUGCCGAUACUGCUACAAGACAUUCAGGUUUCAGGAAGACAAGCUGGAGCAUGAAAAGAUCCACUUGGAGGAGAGGCUGAAGUACCGCUGCCCCGACUGCCGCAAGCGAUUUGCGGACCGCUACAGUCGGAGCGCUCACCGGAAAACUCACUGGAAACAUGGCAGGUUCUUCUGCAAAGUUUGUGACAAUGCCGAUAACCUCAAGAGACACGAGGUGGUGCAUACCUGCCUGUGAGUUGUGCGACCGCUCCUUCAACCAAUCAGGGCACCUCAAGUCCCACAUGCGCGUCCACACAGGGCAGAAACCCUUCAAGUGCCAGGACU